ACCCAGCCCUCGCUCCACAGCCGCUGCGAGAUGCUGCGCUCCACGUCCACUGUCACCCUGCUCUCAGGUGGCAGCACCAAGUCGCCCGGGACGCCUAGUAGGAGGCCUCCAGAACUAAGCAAUGGCGAAUCUACCAGGAAGCUUCCUCAGGGUGUUGUCUAUGGUGUGGUGCGAAGAUCGGAUCCCAAUCAACAGAAGGAAAUGGUGGUGUAUGGCUGGUCCACCAGUCAGCUGAAGGAAGAGAUGAACUACAUCAAAGAUGUGAGGGCCACCCUGGAGAAAGUGAGGAAGCGGAUGUAUGGAGACUAUGACGAGAUGAGACAGAAGAUCCGGCAGCUCACCCAGGACCUGUCAGUAUCCCAUGCUCAGCAGGACUAUCUAGACAGUCACAUCCAAACCCAGUCAUCAGCUCUGGACAGCUUCAAUGCCAUGAACUCGGCGUUGGCGUCAGAUUCCAUUGGCCUGCAGAAAACCCUUGUGGACGUGACCUUGGAAAAUAGCAACAUCAAGGAUCAAAUCAGACAUUUGCAGCAGACCUAUGAAGCGUCCAUGGACAAGCUCCGGGAGAAGCAGAGGCAGUUAGAGGCCGCUCAGAUGGAAAACCAGCUGCUGAAAAUGAAGGUGGAGUCAUCGCAAGAAGCCAACGCUGAGGUGAUGCGGGAGAUGACAAGGAAGCUGUACAGCCAGUAUGAAGAAAAACUGCAGGAGGCCCAGCGCAAGCACAGUGCGGAGAAGGAGGCCCUCCUGGAAGAAACCAAUAGCUUUCUGAAAGCUAUCGAAGAGGCCAAUAAAAAGAUGGAGGCAGCUGAGCUCAGCCUGGAGGAGAAGGACCAAAGGAUCGGGGAGCUGGACAGACUGAUUGAACGCAUGGAGAAGGAACGGCAUCAACUCCAGCUGCAGCUCCUUGAGCAUGAAACAGAAAUGUCAGGGGAGAUCGCAGAUUCUGACAAGGACAGGUACCAGCAGCUGGAGGAGGCAUCAGCCAGCCUCCGAGAGCGGAUCAGACACCUGGAUGACAUGGUGCAUUGCCAGCAGAAGAAGGUGAAGCAGAUGGUAGAGGAGAUUGAAUCAUUAAAGAAAAAAGUGCAACAGAAGCAGCUCCUAAUAUUGCAGCUUUUAGAAAAAAUCUCUUUCCUGGAAGGAGAGAAUAAUGAACUACAAAGCAGGUUGGACUAUUUGACAGAAACCCAGCCCAAGACUGAAGUGGAAACCAGGGAAAUUGGAGUGGGCUGCGAUCUUCUACCCAGCCCCACAGGCAGGACUCGUGAAAUCACAAUGCCUUCCAGGAGUUACACCCCGUACACACGCGUCCUGGAAUUAACCUCAAAGAAAACGCUGACUUAGGCACUCGGAGACACGCGCCUUCGUGCAGAUGCUGAAAGGCCCUGGAACCCUGUGACUUAAAAAGUCUGGAGAGAGUGAUGAUUGCUUCCUCGUAGACAUGGUGUAAGGCAGAAUGGAAAUCUCGGGCAAGUGGAGGCAGAGAGAACGAGCAAGCACCAGUUCGCGAGGUCGUCUUUCAGAUACAUACCCAACCCUGUCUACACAGAGUCAUCAUUUGUAUUCCGUGUGGAGGCUGAAGUCCAGGUUCCACAGUCUAUUUUCUGUUUCACUCGAUUUUGGUUUGGAGGGACAAGGGCAUUAGUUAGAAAGGUCCCGUUUGUUACAGCGUAAAGGGCUUUGUUUACCCAUAAAGUAUUAGCAGCAGUAUUUCUCCUGCGCGGAGAAGCCUGUGCACAGCCAGCAUGGGUUCCUGGAGAAACUUGAACCUGGAGGGAAAGAUUCCCAGCAUGCAGUGCUCUCCCCUGUGUCGAGGAGGAUGUGUGUUGGGUUAUGGGAGCCACGUUCGGAGUAGCUACAUUCUGAUUUGCUAAUUCUUCAUUUUAAUUUGUGCCUUAUGCCUUGAUUGGGCCAGCUGAGAUCACUAUAUUUAUUCAAGCUGUGAUUCUUUUCUUUCUCACUUCAACUUUAAAAAGAAUUUUGUAUGUUGUGGCAUUUAAUCAUUUCAUGUCCAGUAACAAUUGAUAUUUUUGUUAAAUGAUGAGGAGUCUAGUCGAGCACGCUUUACUUUGAUAUUAAAACCCACAUGACAUAUAUUUAAUAAAUGCUAUCUAUUUUGUUCUAA